CAGAUAUCGUAGCUUGACAAUACGAAAGGAGUAAGGACACUUUCUUACAUAGUCUAUCCACCAUUUUUGGAGCCAAUGCGGGCUGUCUCCUCUCAGCGCCAGUGAGAAUGUUGUUUUUUGUCCGACAAGUCCGACAGCUAUGCAAUUGGCGGGAUCUUACGCCAUCAGGCUUCCCUCAUAUAUUUUGCUUUGACCCGCCGCCGCGUGAGUCAGCCUUACUCCGCUACUUAAAUCAUUUUGAUCCGUGGACCGUGAAAAUAGACGAAAAGGAAGUUUGGAUGCCUGCCAUUUGUUAACGGAAAGAACACCAUGGGAGUGAAUGAGCCGGGUGAACGCUCGCAGCUCACGUCGGAAAAUGCCAGUGAUUCGAGAACUUACAGGACGAUUGAUAAGCCCGCGGAUACACCAGAGUCCGACCUUUUAUCGCCGACAGAAUCGGAAUUCUUGAACGCGGGAGCCGGCGAGAGAAACCAUGACGAUAGCAACAAGCAGCCCAAACAGUCUAGUAUCUGGGGUGUGGUUUGGAUCUUAUUGCUCGGGGAAUUUGUAUCCCAUGCCGAUGGAACGAUUACUUUCGCUUCGGCUGGCCGAAUUUCAUCUGAAUUCAAUGCCUUGCCUGAUGCUAAUUGGCUCGCUACUGCUUAUAGCCUAGGAGUCUGUGCUGCAAUGCCGAUGUACGGUAAACUUAGUGACAUAUAUGGGCGGAAAAACAUCCUACUACUAGCAUACUCAUUUUUCGGUAUAGGAUCCGUUUUAUGUGGCAUUGGCGUUCAGAUGUGGCACGUAGUUCUCGGUCGUGCUGUUAUGGGACUUGGCGGUGCCGGCAUGGCUACCUUGGCUGCAAUUAUCAUAACUGACAUUGUUCCUCGACGGGACAUAGCAACAUGGAGGGCGUAUGUCAACAUCGCGUCUACUCUCGGUCGUGCAGCAGGCGGACCCAUCGGCGGCGCACUGACAGAUCUAGUUGGAUGGAGAUGGCUAUUCACUGGCCAGGCUAUUUUCAUAGCAAUGGCAGCAUUGCUAACCAUACUCAAAUUGAACAUUUCCCGCGAACCCCAUCUGGACAAUCAAGAGGAGCCGGCCAGUUCGAAAUCCAAACUCGCUCGCAUUGAUUUUAUUGGUACCUUUUUCCUUUCAGCGUCCGUAGUCUCUGGUAUUACCUUGCUAGAUAUUGGUGGAAAGAAGUUCUCAUGGACAUCACCCUACACCAUCUCACUCGGCGUGGCGUCCUUGGUUCUUUUGAUCGCCUUCGUUCUGACCGAGGCCUUCUGGGCAAGAGAACCGAUAUUUUCGCUUCGAAUUCUCCGACAACCAAAUGUUAUAGCAAGCUACCUCGUUAUGACUUUUCAAGUGCUAGCGCAGGUGGGUAUGAUGUACACCAUUCCCCUCUACUUCCAAGUUACUGGUCGAGCAUCCACUUCAUCCGCUGGUGCUCAUCUCGUGCCUGCUGUUGUUGGCAAUGCAGUUGCAGGUAUUGUUGCCGGAGUCUUUAUCAAGAGAACAGGUCGGUAUAGAGGCCUUACUAUUGUCGCUGGCCUCAUUGCUGCAGUGACGUAUAUCUUAGAAUAUUUCCGUUGGAACGGAAACACAAAUUGGUGGGAAUCAUUGUACAUCAUUCCCGGAGGCAUUGGCACCAGCAUUGCUCAAGCAGCUAGCUUUGUAUCAAUGACCUCUCGUCUAGAGCAGAGUGAUAUUGCCAUGGCCACUUCGGGAAUCUUUUUACUGUCCCAAGUGGGAGUAUCGGCUAGUAUCACUGCAAACAACGCUGCUUUGGAAUCAGAAUUUAAAAAUCAGCUUCAGCGAAAAAUAACUGGAGAGGGGGCAGAGCACAUUAUCGAGCGGAUUUUGUCCGAUGUAUCGUAUAUCAACCAGUUGACGGGCAAUCUGAGAGAAAUCGUUGUCUCUUCGUACGUGCAAGGAUUGAAGUAUACAUAUGUAUUCUCCUUAAUAUCCUCAACUCUUGCAUCAAUUAGUGGGUUGAUGAUACGAAAUCACCAGCUGUAAAGGCGACCAAGCCUAUAUAUUUCAAAAUAUUAGAAGCCAAACAAUUACACAACCCGGUAACAAUACCUACGAAUGUAAUUAAAUGUUAUUUAUACUAGCAUAUAUUAUAGAAUUCCUCAAAUACCUA